UUUCCUUUCAAGAGCAAGCCAUCUUGUUGUCCUGAUACACAUAGAAUUCAUCAACAUCAGCAACAGCAACAGCAACAGCACGAUGUUGGAAACACCCACAGAUGUAACUUUGACAGAACUGGCGGAAGUUCUUCAAGUACUUUUGGAUUUAAACAUUCCUCAAACCACCAUAGAUAACUUCGGACUGACUUGGCUACGAAGUUACCUACAGGCACAGCGACCAUCAACUGAAUACCCAAAAAAACCGCCGAAAUGUUUCAGGUGCCUCGAAACUGCUACUAGAUACACCACAAGUAAGACAAACACUAAGGGCAACGGAGGUCGCCCAUACUUCAAAUGCGACCCCUGUAAUAAAUUCCUCGUGUUCGCUGACUACCGUGGCAACUACCCCCGACACGAUCCCCAGCGCGGCCCCGAGGACAACAUCUGCCAUUGCAGUGUUUCCACCAAACGGUUAAUAGCAGGACGCGAUAAAAAUAACCCCGGACAGGUAUUCUACGUUUGUAGACAAGGUACAUGUGAUGCUUAUAUUCCAUGUGUGGAACUGGGUACGAAUAGGGCUAUCAAGAUCGCGCUGGGACUUCAAAGCGAGCUGGCAGAGUUAUGUAUAAUUUGACGAUUAUAUAACAGACCUAUAAUGGACUUUCGGGUUCAAGAAAGAGCCGGAAUGAAAGAAGAUGGAGGGGCGACGUUGGAUAUGCUCAGAGAAUGCUUCUACUCUCGAAGAUUGUCUAUGCUUCUUUUAUAAAGAACGAAACGGUACAGAUUGUUAUUCAGAUAUGGGAACUCUACGCCGGUGUCAUUUCCUUCAGCAGUUGUCGAGGCGUUGAUUUGCUAUCUUGAUCAUGGAAACACUCAUUGGAGAUAUGAUGGUAUCGUCGGUGAAGAAAGGGGGAGCAAGGAAGAGAGGCAAAUUGUCCCAAACUGUCUACCUAAAGGUAGCUUGAAAUCCGAAUAUUGCUAUUGGAACAGUACGCCUUCUUAGUUAUAUUAUUCUUAACAUAUUAUACUGUUACUUUUCUUAUACCAG